AUGGAUCCGCAUGAAACAACAAACUCUCCUCAUCCUCACCACGAUCAACUUGAAAAUGUCAUCUUGGUGGAGCCAAAUCCAUUCACAAAUACCACCCAAACCACCAUCAUGGAACCAAAUACUGCUCAACUCUCUCCAAUCAUCAUGAACGCUAACCUUUCCCCUAAUUACGAGCCUAUUGUCAACAAUAUUGUUCCUUCCUCCUUGAAUCCAAGCAUAAGUGUUUCCUCUGACACUGAAUCAAUCAAGAGAAAGAGGGGUCGGCCUAGGAAGCAUUUUCCUAUUGGCAAUAUUGCUUCGAGUUUGGGAUCUGACCCAGGCCCAACACUGGCUUCAAUUGCUACUUCUCCUUCUUCUUCCACUUGCAAGAAGAGUACUAGUGGAAAGGGAAGGGGAAGGCCUCGUGGCUCUUUUAAGAAGAAGCAUUUGGUUGAAACACAUGGAGUUACUGAAUCAUGUUUCUCUCCACAUGUGAUCUUUGUGAAUCAAGGAGAGGACAUAAUUGCAAAAGUUACAGCCUUUAGCCAGGCAGUAGCAGGACCUAAUAUUGAGAUAUGCAUUUUGUCUGCUCAUGGUUUAGUUGGCACUGUCGCCCUUCAUCAUUUAGGGAGCAUUAUUAAUUACAAGCAUUGGAUGUGUGACAUUGUCAUAUCUGUUGGAUUUCGACCACCAAAAUAUGCCCCACUAAAAUGGUUUACAGAUGGAACAUGGAAAUCCAAAUCCAAUGACAACAUGGAAUGGAGUAGUUGGAUAUAUUAUGUUCUCGUUAUUUCUACUAUGCAAUUUAGAAGUAUAUCUGACAACAACUAUGGCAAUAAAAGAAUGAGUUACUUCAAGGUGUCUCUAGUAAACCCUGAUUCACGCCUUUUGGUAGGUGUAGUUGCUGAUAAGUUUAUUGCGGCAUCAUUAGUAAAGGUCAUAGUGGGUAGUUUUACAUUGGAUGGCAAAAAGAAUGGCCUGAAUAACCUGAAAUAUGAACCUUCUUCAGCAUCAUUGUCCCAACUUGUUGCUUUUGGAACUCCAACCAAUGCGACCACUCACGGGCCUUCAUCUGAGUCCUUAGGUGUCAAUGAGAAUAAUCUUUUUUGCCAACGGCCUGAAAUCUACAAUAAGAUUAUCCAACCCAUUCCUACCAUGUCGAUGUACCAGCAACCAUAA